AUGGAAGCUCAAAUCAUUAAUGCUAUUCAAAUAGCGUUGAGUGGAUCAUCAGAUCAAAAGCUUCAGCUACAAGCCUACGAGUUUCUUAAUGAAGUUAAGGCGACAAAAGAUGGUUACAACACCGCAUUGGAUUUGAUUUCAAAAUCAACCACAUCAGAGAUUAAUAGUGAUCUCAAGUUUUUUCUUUAUCAAGUCAUUGAAGAAAAUGUGGAGAAUUUGACUCGUGAAGAGUGUCAUCAACUCUGUCAAAUAGUAUUGAGAAUUUUGUCAGAAUUUAUUUCAAAUGAUAUCAAAGACCCAACAUAUUUGAGAAACAAGUUUGCUCAAAUACACGCCAAGACAUUCACACUGGUGUAUAUAGACAUCUACCCCAACUAUAUUAACGACUUGCUUGAAUUGAUUCUGUCGGGUAAUCAAUUAGCUGUGGAUUAUUACACAAGAAUUCUAAUCAAUAUCCAUUCCGAAAUAGGAGAUAAAUACAUUGCACGUUCUCAAGCAUGGGCAGAUAGAAAUGCAUUGAUCAAGGAUGCAGUAAGAGAUAAAAAUAUGAAUGAUUUGGUGGCCAGUUGGUUCAAAAUUUUGACAGAUGGUGGUAAUUCUGAAGAAAUUCUAGAAAACACUUUAAUUAUCAUUGGACUGUAUGUUGAUUGGAUGGACAUUGCAUUAUUUGUUACUCCACAGUGUCUAAACACCAUUGUUGGCUACCUCACUCGUAAACAAGAGAGAAAUACUACAUGCAACACAUUGAUUCAAAUACUAUCCAAAAAAAUGCCGCCAGAAGACAAACUAGAGUUAAUUUCAUUGCUCAACUUGACUAACAUUAUAUCAUCAAUACAAUUGACAGGUGAUGUUGAAUUUGAAGAACACGUAGCGAAAUUAUCCAACCAAAUAGGAGAGGAAUUACUAUACGUCUUGGGUAAUGAACCCACGUUGACUAGUCAAAUUAAUGAACAUUUAUACACUUUAUGGCCAAUUGUCCUUACAUUUUUGAGCAACGAAUAUGAUGAUGUUGCACAAAAUGUAUUCCCUUUUAUUCAAAUGUUUUUAAGUGCUUGUAAAAAGAGCUCGUCGUUGUAUUCAAUCGAGCUAUUAUCAACACUUUUGAAUAAAAUAAUUUUAAAAAUGAAGUACGAUGCAGAUGACGAGGACGAUGAUGAGGAUGAUGAUAGUGAAAGGCAGUUUAUUGAGUUUAGAGCUAGGCUAAAACUUUUCCAAGAUCAAAUUGCUGGACUCGCUCCUGGUUUGUAUAUAGAGGCUAUUCCCGUUGUGAUUAAUGAGUCCCUUUUUGAAGGCAACAAGUCAUGGAACAAGUUGGAAUUGGGGUUAUUUGAAUUGAGCAAUUUUUCCGAAAGUUUGAAAAUGAACUUGAUUAAUGUGUCUAAGAACAAAGUCAAUGAGAGCAAACCAUAUAUGAUUUUUCAGGAGUUUUUGAUCAAGUUGAUUGAUUCAUCAUUUAUACUAGAGGUCAACCAUCCACAUAUCCAAUCAAGUUUCUUUGAGUUGGUGGUUAAACAUUAUAGCUUUUUGAAUUCCCAUGAAAAUAGGCGUGAUUUGGUGCUUCGAAUUUUGGAGAUUUUCACAUCGCCAUUGGGGUUGUUUAAUGACAAUGAAAAGGUUAGGUUGAGAAGUUGGUAUUUGUUUUUCAGAUUCAUGAAACUUACUAAACCAAAAUUGGACAACGAACAAUUAAUUGAACAAAUUGUUUUGAAAUUGAAACCAUUACUUGUAAUCAAAGCAGAAUUGCCAACUAGGGAUGAAGACGAUGAUGUUGUCGAGAAUGGAAAUUUCAAUAAUCAACAAUACCUUUUCGAAACCAUAGGUUUAAUCAUAUCACUAGUUCCCCACGAGUACACACCUGUUAAAGUCAAACUUAUUGAAUCUGUAUUCCAACCGAUUUUUAACGAUUUAGAAAAAUGUAUUUCAAUACAAGAUAAGGAACUAAUCAUUGUUCUACAAGCUCAUCAUCUGUUGAUGGCUUUAGGUACAAUUGUGCGUGGAUACGACUAUGAAUCUAAUCUUAAAUUCCCACCGGAAAUUGUUGAUAAAGUGAAUAACGCAGCACAAGUAGUGUUGAUUACAUUGGAAAAUUUCUCCAAAUUUGAAACCAUUAGAGAUGCAUCUCGAUUUGCGUUUGCUAGAUUUGUUCCGCUCUUAAGCAGCUCUGUCAUUAGUGGUCAUUUGACCAAGUUGAUCACUAUUAUCUGGUCAUCGUCGAAUUUAAAAAUUAGCGAAAUUAGUGAUUUCAUGAGCUUUUUAAGUCAAAUUGGGCACACGUAUAAAUCAGAUGAUAACAUUUAUCAAUUACUCAACAAUUUUUUUACACCAUUGUUUUCAAAAGUGUUUCAAACUUUGGAACAACAAGUUAUCGAGGAUGAAAAUUUGCGACCAGAUAUCAUCAGGGACAAGAAUUUCUUGAAAAAAUCAUUGCUUAACUUCCUCAAUUCGAUAAUUACAAACCACUUGUCGAGUUUGUUAGUCACAGAAACAAACAAAAAUGAGUUUCCUACAAUUGUGUCCAAGUUGUUUGAAUAUUCUUACGAUUUAUCCGACACGGGAGCCUCUAAGUUGGCGAUCGUACAACUAAUCAAUCUCGUCAACGUUUUUGGCGACGGAGGCAAAAUUACUGACGAAAAGGAUCUAUAUGGACAAUCACUCCCGGAAAUCGAAGGUAUUGAUGAAUUUUUAAUGGAAAAAGUAGUUCAAUUAUCAUUUGAAUUACCUUUUCAAAGACAAGAAUUUGUUCUAGGAGAUGCUCAAUAUAGAUUAAUUGCUCAAGAUAUUGCCAUGUUGCUCAAGACAUAUCAACAAAAAAAGGAAGAAAGCUUUAUUAAAUUUCUUUCUACUUAUUUAACUAAUAUGGGAUUAAGUCAAGAUUUGCUUAAUGAUUUUUGUACUAAUUUGAUCAACUUGGACAUUAAGGAUUUCAAAAAGUAUUUUGUCACUUUUGUUAAUCAAAUGAAGGGAAGUAAAUAG